AUGCGACCACAGCCAUCCUCUCGAUCAAUCAAGUAUCUCAUUGGAAGGAUAUUUCAACUACGUUCCUACACAAGUCACGCAACCUUCGAACCUUUGCGUAUCCUUUUCUGCGGAUCUGAUGAGUUCAGUAUUACGUCCCUCCGGGCCUUACACAAGGAGCAUGAGCGAGACGAGGGCUUGAUCGAGUCAAUCGAUGUUGUCUGUCGACCGCCCAAGCACGUAGGUAGAGGCCUUAAAGAUACACGGGAAGUACCCAUUUCCCUCGUUGCAAAGGAAUUGGCUUUGUCUUUACAUGAGAUUGACACGUUCACCAAGUGGAAGCCACCGAUACCUAAUGGCUUGCCAAUAAACAUGAUCGUUGCCGUCUCCUUUGGUCUUUUUAUACCUCCAAGAAUUCUCGAAGGAGCCAGAUAUGGAGGGCUCAACGUCCACCCUUCCAUGUUACCCGACUUCCAUGGUCCUGCCCCACUACAUCAUACUCUUCUAUCUGGAUGCCAAAGAUCUGGAGUGACUGUGCAGACAUUACAUCCCGAGCGAUUCGAUCAGGGUACCAUUCUCGCCCAGACGCCCUACCCUGGAUUCGAGCAUGGGUGUAGUACGGUGCCCGAACUGUUGACCCUGACGUCCUCCAAAGGCGCGGAAAUACUUGUGCAAUCCAUCAAUAAUCGUCUCUAUCUACCAUCAGCGAAGGGUCCGAAUAGUCUCCAAGAUGAUCGGAUUAUAGCGGCAGCACGUGCAGCACCAAAGAUAACCUCGCGGGAUAGAUUCAUAGACUGGAAUACAUGGACCGCUGAAGUAAUCAUUCGAAGACAUCUUGCCAUUGGUCCUCUAUGGAGCUUCGUCAAAAAUGCACGAAAAGUACGGAGGUUAAUUUGGUCCACGGGCUUUACGAUAUCAGAAGAGGUUGCUAGUAGUACAGAUCUUCCUGUUGGACGGCUAGUGGUAUUCGGAAACAACGAUUGUGCCGAUGAACGAGUCGCUUACGUGCGGACUUGUGAUGACCGAGUGCUCAAGGUCGAUAGGAUCAAGUUUGAGGGCGGCGUAGAAGCCCCGCCCUUACGAGCUGCCAAAAAGGGUGACAUGAUUGACCACGGCACACCUCGUCAGCAUGAUUCGAUGAUCCAGGUUUUGCUUUCUAUGGAUUCGGUCGAUGGUCACUAG